AUGGAAGAUGAAACUAGUAGUGUAAAUUAUCAAAAUACUUUAGGAAUUUUAUUCGGAAUAGGCUAUAAUAUAAACAGAAUUGUCGGAGCAGGAAUUUUCAACGCCGAUAGUAUGUGGAUUCUAGUUCAAUCACCAGGAAUUACUUUAGUGCUUUUUGUUGUUUGUGGUAUCAUUAGUCUAUUAGGAAGUUUUAUCUACGUUGAG